AGACAGAGUGUCCUCCUCUCGAUCGUGGAUGCCACCCAUAUCAGCUCAGGAACGGCAGAGACCGUCCUCUUCUAUGAUGGACCGGACAGCAGCAGCAGCAGCAGCAGGAGUCCCCCACCCACGCCAGAUCAGCUGCAGGCUGCGCUGGCACGCACGCUGGAUGCCUAUCCGCAGUGGUGCGGGCGUCUGUACCGACAGCCAGGGCGGCCAGGACGCCUGAUGCUCACGUUCGGCGGGGCUGGUAUAGACGAUAUCCAUGGCUCUGAUCCCGGGGUUGUCUUUCUCGUCGCCCGAGCAGACUGUCCGCUCGUCGACCUGGUACCACCCGUCCACCAGCGGGCACCGGCCUGGGAUGUGUCGGCCUUCCCGCUGGCACUGCUGAUGCCUCAACUCACGCUCUCUGUGUCUAAUCUGAACGAUCCGGCCCUACCUAGCGUGGCUGUGCAGGUGACGAGCUUCACUUGUGGCGGGAUGGCCGUCGCUCUGAAAAUCUCCCACCCGCUGGCUGACGCGACGUCGCUGGCCGGGUUUGUCCUUGACUGGGCCGCUAACACUCAGCAGCAGCAACAACAACAACAGCGACAGUCUUACAACUCUAACAUUGAAGCACCAAUCUUCGAUCCGGAAUUGCUGGACCGGUGCGCAGCGGGGGAUCCCAACCAUCCAGAUCCCGAGCCGCAGUUGGUCGCGCGCGCCCUUGCCUUGCCCUGUCUUCGCUAUGACACCUGGAUCUCACACGAGGGCUGCCCCUUCCCAGCUCGGUGGACCGAGAUUCCAGAGGAGUUCCGGUCCUUGCCUGCUGAUCCACCUGGCCAGCGUGUUCCCUGGGAGGAAUGGGAUCUCAAAGCACCUGUCGCCAGGUACGUGAUCCAUUUCAGCCAGGGAGACCUGCAGCGUCUCUGGCAAGAGGCAACCAGCAGCACGGCAGCAGGAAAGGAAGUCUCAGAUACAACGUUGAAAUUCUCCUACCAUGAUGCACUAGUCGCCCAUGUCUGGUCUUGUGUCAAUCGUGCCCGUCGCCAGAUCGAAGUUAGUGAAACCAAUGUCACCGAUGAUAACGCCACGGUUUACCUAAACUACACCUUGGGCAUACGGAAGCGCACACACCCGCCGCUUCCAGACCGGUUCGUGGGGUCCCCGACCGUGGCGGCGGCGAUCUCUGCUACCUCGCAACAGGUUUGCAGCGAAGAAACCGAUACCCUCGCGCAUUUGGCGACGCGCAUCCGGAAGACCGUGGCGCUUUUCACGUCUGACAAUCUGGCGGCGCACCUGCACAUGAAACUGCACGAGCAAUGCCCGCAGCGGAUGUGGCCGUCGUUCCCGGGUCGACGACACCUUGUGGUCACCUCGUGGGUGCGCACGAGGCUGUACGAGGCGGACUUUGGAUCCGGUACGCCCCGCUACGUCAAGGGGGUUAUGCCGUCUGUGGAUGGCAUGUUGCAUGUCAUGGAGGGUGCUCCGAAGGUUACUGCCGCUUGUCUCUCCUCAUCUACUGCUUCACACUGGACGGACCAUGGGGUUGAUGUCCAGCUUCAUCUGGCCAAGGGGGCUAUGAAAAACCUGUUACAGGAUCCUACGUUCUGG